UUGGAAACAAAAUUACGGUCUUGUGUAAGAAAGUAUUAAGGUCUUGUAUUUAGCAGCCAUUCAUAUAAGCGUGCAGAAGAAGCAGAGAAGCGAGGCGAGGGUUGUGGAGAAGAAGAAAAAAAUCCGAAAAUGCAAAGGCAACUGUGCGUGAAGUUACUAUCUAAAAUCUCAGGAAAAACCAAUUCGAUUUCCCCAAAUUCCAUCUUCGCACCAUUUUAUCACCACUCCACCCUUCCGCAUUGCCAUAUAUGGAAAUCCUACUACAGCCACAAUGGAGUUUCGGCGAUGAUUCGAAAUGGAUUCCACUCGGGCUCAGCUCUUUCCAGAAUUUCUUUUGCAAAUUGGCGAUCCAAAAUUCCUGUUAAUCGUACAUAUAAAAUCCACACCAGAAGUUUUUUCCGAUCGUUUGAUUCACAGUACGGUGGCUGGAGAUCAAAUUUUAGAAGGCUUACAACUGACGGAGUUGUGUUAGGCUUGAUUGUUACGAACGUCGCUGUUUUCCUAUUAUGGAGAAUUGCAAGACCACAGUUUAUGGUCAACAAUUUCAUGAUUUCUGUAGACAAUUUUACAAGUGGACGGAUCCACACAUUGAUAACCUCUGCAUUCAGUCAUACAGACAUGUGGCAUCUUAUUUCGAAUAUGGUCGGACUAUACUUUUUCGGAACAAGUAUAGGAAGGGGUUUUGGACCUGAAUAUUUGCUGAAAUUGUAUCUAUCGGGAGCAAUUGCCGGCUCGAUAUUUUAUUUGGCAUAUCAUGCUCUCAUAGCUCCAUUAUUCCAGAGCAAUCAAAUGCUAUUUACCGACCAUUCAAAAAUUCCAGGACUUGGUGCAAGCGGAGCUGUGAAUGCGAUAAUGUUGCUUGAUAUUUUUCUGUUUCCAUCGAAGACCCUCUAUCUCGACUUUAUAAUACCAGUUCCUGCUAUUUUACUGGGAGUCUUUAUUAUUGGAAAAGAUAUCUUGAGGUUAUUGGAGGGAGAUCAGCAAGUUUCAGGAUCUGCUCAUUUGGGUGGAGCUACAGUUGCUGCCUUAGCAUGGGCACACAGUAAGAGGGGACGUUUUCGACGAUUUUAAAUAUUUAUUUAAGCUUUUUCGGAAUAUUCCAAAGGGUUUUUAGGUUGUUUGAUAUCUAUUAAUAUUCACUAAUUGCAUCUCAUCUCAAUUGAAACUGUGACGGCUUUGUUUGCUUCUCUUCA